ACGAAGCAACCAUGGCGGACGUAGCAUCCCCAAAAUCAAUUCCUUUGGUGAAUAAUAUUAUACACAGGAGUUCGUUCAACCAUUUCAAUUUAAAGGAAAAGUCAGUACUGACUGUUGAAGCAACUUUAAAACUGCUUACUUGCAGACAUUCGGAGAAAUUAAUUAAUCGGCAUGUACGCUCUAUCAACCUUCUCACUCAACAAUUCAAGAAAGGAUUUAUGAUUGCAGAUAUACCAGUUUUGGGUCAUUUGAUAGCUGUUUGUGCUAGCAGAGUGGAGAAUGAUUUAUCAUAUGAAAAACCACUUUGUGAAAUACUAAAAGUUUGCAGUAAUCCGUUUCUAAAAGAAAAGAGUUCUGAUGAAUCAAAUCAUUUUAGUUCUGUUGUUGAGUUUAUGAGAGAAGUUGGCAAUGUAAUGCUUGUGAAAAAUGCUGCAAUCCACACUCAGAUUGCCCAAAGUUUAACCAAAUUCUACUGUAGCAAAGAUAACCAUAUCGUUUACACAGGAAUGGAACCUACCAAACCAGACUUCAAUAGAUUGGUGAUAGAAAGAAGUGGAGUCGUACGAUCUGUUGUCAAGUGUUUAGAAACAUGUAAAAAUCUUGAUGUUCGAAUGGAGCUUAUGGUCGCACUACAAUGCUUCUCAACUUCUGCGGUAAAUUGUGAUGACAUGCUGUAUUCUCAUGCUGCCCGUAUUGUUUGCAGUUCGUUAGGAGAUACGCGCCAACUUGGAAGAGGAAUAUUUCUAUGUGUGGACAUUCUGUGGAAUAUGUUAGAUAAUGGAUCGAAGUCGGAUGUUGCACAGCAGCUUCACUGUCUCGACUGCAUCAGAACGCUUUACGAUGCAUUUGUGUAUCUUGUCACAAAAGGAUUUAGCCAAUCUGAUAAACAGCUUAGGAAUGAUAUUUUAGUUAUGGCUCUUUUGAUUGCCGAUUCACGUCCAACUGCUCCGUUUGUGGAAACUGGUUUCACCAAGUUUUUAGUGUUGUGUGCCACAUUAACUGAAGUAAAAACAAGAAAUCUUUUGGUUCGGGAUUUUAAAUUUGAACAGUGCCGUGAAGAUUUUGAAUUGAAAAAACUUUUGAUUUCUGCAAUGGUAACAAUGUCAAAGGACCCCACAGCAGUUCAGAUCAUGUCGUCCAAUCGUUUACUGCUUUCUUUAUUCACAUACAUUAAAGCCAGCGACUCGUUGUUACUUGAUCUAUGGUCACCAUCACAGACUGAAGAGUUGCAACUAGAGUCAUUGUCGGCGCUAUGUUCCAUUGCUCCGUUGUGCAUUAAUGAUUAUCUCACAUGUCAAGGAAACAACAGACUUUUAUUGUUGCUUGAAUGGUGUAUUGGUCAAGGUGACUAUGGUGGUCAUGGCAACAGCUAUCACGCCGAAGGAGGGCGUGGUAACAAGAGAGCUCAGAUGAGAUAUUGUCUCCGUUUGUUGAGAAGUAUGAGUUCAACCGAAGAUGACGCGAUACUUCAAGAUCUGUCAGAUCAAGGAGCUAUUGGUCAGCUUACUGGAAUUCUUUGGAAUGCCAGCACAAGCUGUGAUGAAAAUGAUAAUAUUGACAUUGAAAUGCAGUGCGAUAUGCUGCUUAUUUUAUCGUGUCUUUGUGAGGGAGAUGUACAUAGAAAGGAACUAUUUGCUUGUAGCGGUGUUGAUAUGAUCGUUGAGUUUUUGAAAAAAGAUCUUGUUAAAGUGCAUAGUCCAUUAGGAGACCAUGCAUUGUUCCUUGCAGCUGUUGAAUGUGUGUGGUCGUCGGUCUUGGGUUGCGACAUGUCAGAACAAAAAUUUCUUGAAAAACAAGGAAUAUUUUUGCUGUUAGAUCUAUUAGAGGGGAGUCCUUCUACGAUUCAAGGGGUCGUUCUGGGAUGUCUUGUCGAUCUUUGUGAGAAUCCCAAAGCUUUAUCGCAUGUCUAUUCAUGGCGGGGUAAAUCGAAUAUCACGACAGGCAAACUGCUCAUCGAUUUAUGGAGAACGGAUGAAAUCUCACUAGGUGUCGCUAGGACCCAGCAAUGGUUGAUUAAAAACUUAAGUCAACCGUUAAUGGGGAAAGUUCAGAGAGACAGUGGGAGUAGCAAUCCACUUCCCGCCAACGUUGCUUCGCCAGCUGUCGUGGAAGUCUCGGAAAGCAUUCGGGCUAAUAUCUACACAAUUUUCUCGAAACUUGGAUUCAACGAUAUUGCUGGGUUAUCAACAAUGGAUUAUGUUACCCUUGCUAUCAUUGAAAAUUAUUUGGAAUUUAAGGUUUUUGAGGUUUGGCAAGAAAUAUCGGAUGAACUCGAACGUGAAAAUUUUUGUCCCGUCUCCCCUGAUCUGGAGUGUCUUAAAGAAAUAAAUAGAAUGUUUGAAGAACGUACAGCGAGUAUUAUUUCAUCCCAAGAAGAACUUGUUGAAAAUCAAACACAGCAAGAUCUCACAGAAGAACAAGCAUGUUAUGAUAAGAUAGUUGAAAAUCACGAGCAACGAGAAAAGGCGUUUAACGACUUUUGUGAUUUCCUUAACAGAACCUCAGACUACGCUGUGCUCAAAGCAAGUAAAAAGAAACAACUCGCAGACAUUGACUCAUCACGACUUUAUACCUCGAAUGAAGAAACAGAGGACGAGGUACUGACUACUCUCCAAUCUAACGUGACGACAACGACAUUCUGUGGUCGUUUGGUCGAUAUGACAAGUGAUGCGAUUGACAAAAGUUUGGAAUUUACGUAAAAUGUUUGACAUGAACGGGAACAUCAAUAAAAAAUUAUGUUGUUGUUAUUUUUCCAAGAAAAGUUUCCGUGUAUGUUCUUUGUAUAAAUAUAUACAUGUAUCUUGUUGUAUAAACGAUAAAAAAUAUGGUGAUGUUGA